CUAGAUUCAGCAGCAGCAGGCUCGCACCCGACCAACUCUCCACUCUGGUCGUCAUUGUAGAAUCUAACACCGAAUUGAAUAGUUCUUUAUUGCUGGACACUGGGGUGACGCAAAAGUGAGAGCCACAAUCACGGAAGCAUCCGGGUACUAGGCCAGCCCUCAGUAUGUCUGUCCCUGUGAGCUGCUACUCUGUCGAUAGCAUGAACAACAUCGACCAGCAGCCCAUCGGCAUCGGCGGCCACGGUCUACACACGUCCAACUCCUCGUCACACCAGAUGAUGAUGAUGGAGGAGGACGAUGUCCACCGGCCAAUGAUGAGGAUGAGCCCAACGACAAACGUUCAUGCGCACGACCAGACGAUGCAUCACGAUCAGCGGAUGUUGUCAGAGGAGGGCCGGCUUGGGACACCGGAUGCUGCUGAUGGAGUUCUGUUGGCGUCGCACCACGACUGUCGCCGCGGUGGUCCCAAUGCCGUGGGCCCGGGCAGCGAAAGCACCACCAGCUAUCACUACCCGCCGCACCAACAGCAUCAUCAUCAUCAACACCACCACCACCGCCAUCAUCGGAACCAUCCGAUGAUGAUGGAUACCGCCGCGGACGGUACGGGAUGCGCCAAUCAUGACGAUGGCCAGGACUUAGCCGGAGCUGCCGGGGCAGCGGCAGCGGCUAAGUGCACCUCACCACAUAAGCACACCACCAACAAUGCAUCAUCAUCAUCAUCAUCACCAUCAUCGACAUCACCGGCGGCAUCAUCAGCAAAUGCCGGCGGUGCAGCAGCAGCAGCAGCACCAGCCACGCCACCACCACCAUCGCCGCAAACCUUCGAGGAGAUGAUGGCCAAGCUGAGUGAGCUGCUUGCCAUGGAACCGAAGUACCAACCGAACCUUUACCUGCCGCAACAAUCAGUCAAUGGCGAAAUCACGAUCGGCACCCGCGAUGGAGCUGCCCAUGUGCUGCGCUGCCUGAAGGUUUGGUACGAGCUGCCGAACGAUGUCCUGUUCGCUGCCAUUAACUUGGUUGAUCGCUUCCUGACCAAGAUGAAGGUCCGCCCGAAGCAUAUGGCGUGCAUCUCGGUCAGCUCCUUCCAUCUGGCGGUGCAGCAGCUUAGCAUGCCGAUCAUCGAUACCGAGGAUCUGAUUGCUAUAUCGCAGUGCCGUUGCACGUCACGCGAUCUGGUGCGGAUGGCGGACAUCGUUGCCAACAAGCUGGGCGUCCAGAUGAAUCUGGCCCCGGUUACGGCACUCUCGUUCAUCCGACUGUUCUACUACAUCUUCGAGAAGGCGGCGGAUGCGCUCGGUCUGUCGGAAAUCUUCAAAUCAGCCAUUUCACUGGCCGAUCUUGAGAUGCGCCUGGAAAUCCUGGCGUGUGACGCCAGCUGCGCCAGCAUCCGCCCGUCCGAGCUGGCACUCGUGAUGAUCUUCACCCAGAUGGAUGUGUACGUUAGUGCGAACAAGGACAACGGUCUGGUACACCAGCAGAUUCACGAUCUCGUUGACUACGCCAUCCAGCUGCAGAAAUUCUGUCGAAUCCCGGACAGCAGCUUCCUUUACAGUCACAGCAUUGUGACGAAGAUUCUAUCGCUGUACAAUGGUCAGCACAAGAUCCAGCACAAGCAGCGGCUAGUAUGGAAGCUUUCCUCCCGUACAAUGCGUGUGCUGCGCCCCACUGACAAGUUGACCUCCUAUUUGCCAACGAUUGCCGAACACCACCAUACCAACGGUCACAUGAGCAGCAACAAUCUUCGAUUCAGAACUGGCAGCGUAAGCUCCGAAGACGAUGGGGAAGAUUGGCCAACGUCGCCGAUCGUCGCCGUUUGCGAACAGUUUGUGGACGAGUAAAACGAUCCUUUUCUCGAUCGGAUCUCGAUCGAUUGCGUCAACAUAUUUACGCGCACACA